AGCCUGAAGGACUCUAUCUAGAUCUCUGAUCAAGCUUAUAUGUUAAAUGGAAUCAAUUUAGCCAGAAUAGUUAUGCAAACGUUCUAACAAUCUGAAGAUGAAAUUGUGACAGAAGCAAAUUUGUCAACGAGUCUUUGACUAGAGUUGCAGCUUUGAAAAACCAGUAGAAUCCAUCUCAUGCUUUUGUGGUGUCUUGUACUUCUUCUAACAUGUGUACAAACGACAAGUUACAACUUUGUGAUCAAUGACAACUCCACACUUCAAGUCUACACGGCUGGUACAGUGCAGCUCGUGGCUGAGAAUGUUAACACUUCCAGUUCUACAUUCCAGUACCCUUAUCUAUUCUACGUGAAGGAGCAGAAGGUGGUACAGUACAAAUACAGUAUACACACUGUUUAUCAGUACAAUGUUUUAUCAAAAGAAACAAACCAAAUUGCUACCAAUUUGCUGUCAGUGUCGGGUCUAUCAGUAUACUACCCAACACUAUACAUUUUGGAAAUGGGGGAACAUCACGUAGAUCCAAGUGGCAGACUUUCAGCGGUGUCUCUAACGACCGGCAAACAGAAAGUUUUAAAGAGAAUAGACGAUAGCAGCGCUAGAGCCCUUUUCUUUGAUCCAUUAAAUGGGACUCUUCUCUACAGCCUGUCCAAUGGUAGCAUAAUGGGAUAUGACGUCAAAACUGGAGAAAAUAGAAUAGUGACAUCAUCAUAUAUUGACGUAUGGGCGUACGGACUUUGUGUAAAUGAUCAAGUACUGUACAUAUACAACAGCAGAAUUCUGAUCGCUCAUGAUCUGAAAACUGGCACCAAUUCAUUAACGAAGGACGUAGAACACUGGAACAUUCUAUCGGUGUCUGGCCCGACUUUGUGUUCCGUUAAAGACAUCAUAUGGUCGAACGAUGUUACCAUGGCAGUUUCUACAAGUUCUAAUACGACAGUACAACAAGCCCUCAAGUCCCCCGCCCUCGCCCCCUCCACUUCACUUAUUUACCUGAGCAUGUACCAGAACAGUCUUCUUCCUCCCUCCGAUCUACCCCAGUGUCAGAGUUGUGAUCUCUGUAUGGUCUUCUCUGAAAUAUUACCUUUAACAGAUAUGCUUUGUGGUUGCGAGUUUGGAAAAAGGGAAAAUGGUUCUUGCCGAGCAGUUCCGGAGAAGUAUCUGGUAUUAGCACAAAUAGAGACCCUUUCCCUGUUGGAUACAUCAGACCCCACAGUUUUACACAGACUCCACAUUAACACCGAGGAGAGAGAAUCAGAUGGUAGCGUGAGCUGGAGUAACACAGCUAAGCAGUGGUCUAUGAGGGACGUAGUGUUGGAUUCUUCAGCUGAAACUGUUUUCUGGAUUGAAUCUACCUUCAUGGGUGCAUAUAUUCCUGAUGAAUCGCGGAUCAUGAAAAUGAAGAUGGGACACUCGUCUUCUCCUGAGAUUGUAUACUAUGAUCCUCAGCGACCAGUGGACAGUUUGGCUCUAAACAUUGAAGACGGGCUGCUCUACUGGCUGGUCUCCAAAGCUAGUCUGGUGGUGGCUGCUAAAGUCACAUGUACUGUAGAGCUCUGUUAUAAGACUACACUUGUUAACAGGGACGUGGAGGAGGACACUAACCAGCUCGAAGUAUCAGCAGCUACGGGUUACAUGGUGUACGUGUCGGUCACGAACAAGAUCACAAGAAGAGAGUUGGACGGGAGUAACCCUAAAGUUAUCCUCUCUGCCAAUCUGCUGGUCAUCAGCUGUAUCGCUCUUUCUGGGGAAUCUGUGUAUAUACUAGAAUCAAGUGAGGGUAAGAUAAUCAGCCUGCCACUAGCCGGAGGAGAACAAACAACUGUCUUCAAACAACGCUCCGAGUUUAUCCCUAUCAGUAUAGCAGUCUCUGGACAGGAUGUCUUCAUCCUCAGCGAGUUUAAGAGGACUGUGACCAAGGUGAACCUGAGAGCGCAGAGCUCGGAGACGAUAACUUCAGAACUAACGGGACUGAAGAGUGUGGCUAGCAGUAGGGAGCUGGUGGGGGGCCACUGUGCUGCUGAUAAUGGGGGGUGUCAGCACUUUUGCUUCUCUCUUCCUGGCACUCAUCACAGAUGUGGAUGUGCUGACGGUUUCAUCCUCUCCGCUGACGAGGUGACGUGUCAGGAGCCCCCUCUACUUUACCUUAGCCUGGGAGAGUACAUCCAGCGCAUCCAUACCUUCCCUGUGUCGGGGAGUGCCGGGAGGGAGAAUAUCGUACACCAACCUGGGUCCAGUAUCGUGGCUCUCGACUACUUUGAGGACAAGGAAUGUCUGGUAUGGAUUGACGCAAAAAACAAAACAAUCUUAAAGACACACCUUAAAGGAGUUAAAAUACCAGAAAAUGGCAUCGCAGGUGGCACUCCUAUUGUAUUUGACGGACUUGUCAAACCCACGGACGUAUCAGUAGACUGGAUAUCAGAGACAGUGUACUGGUCUGAUGAAGGUCGGGACUCUAUAAACAUGGUAUCUCUAGACGGUGAUCUGAAGAAGGUGCUGGUGAAACAUGCUGUUAAUCCUACCUCCCUCGUGGUGUAUCCUGUCUCCGGGAAGAUGUUUUGGAUAGGAUGGGAAGCUCACUCCGCUGUGAUUAGGUCUGCAGGAAUGGACGGUAGCAACGUUACAACCCUCGUCACCAGGCUAUCCAACUGGCCCACUGAUAUCACUAUUGACUAUCAGAAUGACCGAGUAGUUUGGGUGGACGCUCGAGACAAACUAGUUGUCUCGUCCAGUCUCGACGGUACUGACAUCAAAUACACUUUUGGUUCUCCUCGCAUCAGAUACCCUCUUGCUCUAGCAAUCUGGUAUGGGUCUACAUACUGGGCAGAUCUACACAUGUCUGCCGUGUGUGUAGCCGAGGGAACCAACGCUUUUGACACGAUGGUUGUGGAGAGCAGCACUGUAAAUGUAACCGACAUGGUGCUUUCUCACUCUGGAAAGCAAGGAAACAUCAGCUCUUGUAGUCAUAACAACGGGAACUGUUCCCACGUGUGUGUACCCAGCUCUGAUACAUCACGUGUCUGCUUGUGCCCCCUCAGGACUUACCUUGAUAUCGAUGGAAGGACGUGCAGGGAGUCGCCCCAGCGUAUGUUAGGUGUGGACCUGAACCCUUACCUACUCGCAGUCGCCUCCCCACCUACCAAGUUGUCACACCAGAGGUUGAGUAACGCAGUGAAGAUAGCUGUUCACUACGAGCUGCAGAGUAUAUACUGGCUUGACAACGUCAGGAGCUCUAUUGAGAUGGUACACGUUAACGGUACAGGCUACAAGACAGUAUACAAAGGCACAUACCAAGCUACUGACAUUCAAGUAGACUGGUUAGGGGGGAAUAUCUACUGGACAGAAAGUGACUCUUUGUCCCUGAAAUGUGUUACCCUCAACGGACAGUACAACAGAUUAGUUGCUCGUACGAGUUACCCGCCCGUCUUUCUUCUGCUGGAUCCUCCGAAGAGUAAGAUAUUCUGGAUGGAAUGUAGUGACGAUGUUGGAACACUUUACCAGUCUGCCAUGUCUGGUGCUAACGUUACUCAGAUACUAAACACUACCCAGUGUCCAGACAGCAUGGAUAUAGCUCGUGAAAACAGUACAAUAUACUGGAACAUAGCUGACAAACUGUACGAGUAUCCUUACCUUCUACAACAGGAAGUUGAAACGAGGGACCUCUACUUCGCCACCUCCACUCUGGUAUGGGUGGAGGAGACUUUGUUCCUGCUUCGGGAGCAGGAGGGGGCGGAGAGACAAAUGUUCGGGAUUGAUAUGCCGUUUGAGACUGUAAUAGAUGUGGGAAACACUUCCUGUUUCGUCGCUUUCUCUCCUCAUGAUGCAGGGUACUCGGAGUGUCAAAUAAACAAUGGUGGCUGCACUCACUUCUGCUUCAAAGAAGAGUCAGGUGUAAAGUGCGAUUGCCCUGCACAGCACUCCCUACACCCAAAUAACAGCACUUGCACCAAAUUGGGUGUGAAGUGUGACGAGGAGAGCGAGUACCAGUGUGGUUCAGGGGAGUGUAUAUCACGUGAAUUUGUCUGUUCCUCCCACGCUGAGUGUAUUGAUCAAAGUGAUGAGGCUGACUGCGGCUGGUGCUCCAGUUCCCAGUUCUCUUGCGGAGUGAAGUGUAUUGACAGUACCUCACUCUGUGAUGGCAGACUCGACUGUCUUGAUAUGGAGGACGAGAGUGUUUGCAGCUCUUCUAAUGAUUGUAAUGGGUACAAGUGUAAAGGAACAGGAGUGUGUCUCCCAGCUAGGAUGAAGUGUAACGGGUACAGGGAGUGUGAGUUGGGGGACGACGAGAAGAAGUGUCCCAGAGUGGCUGCUAAGUGCAAUCAGUUAGAGUGGAAGUGUAAUGACGGUACUUGUAUCAGUAAAACUUGGCUCUGUGAUAGACAUCCUGACUGUGCCGAGGGAGAAGACGAACAGGAAUGCGCAGCAUGUGAUCCCGUACUACAGUUCGACUGUGGAGACCGCUGUAUCAGUGUGACUGAUGUGUGUGAUGGUUUUAUUCACUGUAAACAGGAUGGAAGGGACGAGGCUAACUGCCAAGCAUGUAAAAAGGGACAGAAGCAGUGUAAGAAUGGCCAGUGCAGGGCCACUAACCGGUGGUGCGACCGGACCCCGGACUGUUCUGACCGGUCAGACGAGUGGAACUGUACCUACACUAUGGUAGAUCCCCGAACUGAUGGGAAUCAGAACCACAUAGCCCCCACUCUGAUAAUAAUAUUCGCGGCCCUCUUCAUGACUGUGGUGGGAGUUGGGCUUCUCUACAAGUUCAACAUUCUACCUCGAGUCAGAUCUACGUACAAGCAGCUCACUCAGUCCAGCAACAAAACAGUGGAGACGAACGUAUGUGUCACUACAAACACCUACUCGGAACUGGAGACAACAGUGUGUAGUUCUGAUGGUGCCUGGCAACGGAGGAACAACAAGUCUCUAGAUCACUAUGAGACUAUCACUAACAGUUCUAUAGGGUCCAGUCUUAAACCUAUUAACACACAAAACCCAUACGAAAGGUUCGGUAUUGCUCCAGUGCAGAGCACUACAGAUGUCAGCAUCGCAGACGGACCUCCACCCUCAAUAGCUAGCGGGGGCUACUCCUCUGGUCCCGGGGCCUCCUCGCGCGCACCUUCACGUGCACCUUCUGCCAGAUCUCACGCGCACUCCGCGCGAUCACGUGCUACUUCAGCCCGGUCACGUGUCCCCGUCAGUUACCAGUACCACGUUAACAACAACGUCAUCUGGGACGAUCAUAUCAACAGUGUGUCAGAUUACGAUCAGAACUGUUUAUCAGACAAUUAUCAGUCCGAGUUUUCAGUGGGGUUCUCAACCUCCCGUCCGGAGCGACUAGCACGGAACCUAGCUCCUUGUGGAACUCCUGUCACCACCGACAACGACGACUGAUCACAUGAUAUUUGUCGUCAUUUAGUCGUCCUAAUCACUAAUAUCUUAGAUCUGCUGAUAAUGUGAUAGCCAAGCUCCGUGUGAUGUAUUUGGAGUGAUGUUUGCCGGCACCGUCGGUUACCUACUGUUAUCUACUGCAUAUUGUAAUUUAUACUUUGUGUAAUAUAAAGACAUUGAUUAUUAGUUCAUUUUUGAACUAACUAUUGGCUCAUUUUGUUUUUAUCCAGGUUUGUAUCUUGAUCACCACCGAAUGCUGUUUUUAAUUUUUUGGAAGAGACUGAGAGGAUGAUUUCAGGAAGGUCAAGAUUCCUAUGCCAUUUAAGUACCUGGUGUUUUUUGCUAACAUUUUAGCAAAUUUUUAUAAAAGUGAUAGCGAAAUCAUCUUUACCGACAUUAAUGUAAUAAUUAUAAUGUACUGAUACAUAAUUUGAUGAUUUUAUUUUAUAAUUGACAUUUUGAAUACUGAAUUAAGUUCUUUGAAUGAAGUUCUUCGACCUUGGACCUGUUUACCCUAUUUAACUUAAAUUCUAAAGGCAAAUCGUUUAUUGAGUCGGAUAUUUUAAUCUUAAUCUGAUCAGUAAUCUCAAUUUAUUUGGAACACUA